AUGGAUAGCUUUAUCCUAAUUCUCCCUAUUAUCUCCAAAAAACACGAUCAAAGGCCUUUCAACACCGACCUGCGCUUUCAAGUGAGCCGCAACUUCAAAGAUGCAACCAAAAUCCGAAGGUCGCCGUCAUGCAGCGAAGUGGUUCCAGAAGCGUUAUACUGGAACCCGCUCAGCUUGCUUUUCCAUACCAACCUCAAUCAUGGUCUGAUUUCCAGACUUACGGCCGCACCAGAAGCAGGCGGGGUAACCCGUUCAGGGGGAACGGAUCUUCCACCACCCCUCGCGUUCACAAAUGAAGGGUCCAGGAAGAGGAAAGGUCUGCGGCACUACGAGAACGCCGUCACGCCGCCUGGUGUGCCCAUUCCUCUUGUGGGCGGGAUACCCGCAGUCCGGCGCAACUCUCCCAGAUUCAAGCACAUCGGCCCCCGGUGCCGCUCGGACGGUGACCAGUGCUCCCCAUUCGACGUCCGAACGUUGGACGCUGCAGCCCCCGAGGCCCGAGCGGACACGUCAAACUGCAAGGUGAUGGUGGUGGUGUUCCCCCGGACCGUCCGACCCUUCGGGGCUUGGGGGGCAUUUUCAGCGCAGAAGCCUUGCGCGAAGAAGAGAGGAAGCAAGCUUCCAGAUGAAACGGACGUUGUUCGAUGGCACUGCUAUUGCAGAAACGAAAGUCCGAGUUUACUGCCCAAUAGCCCGGAUGAACUCCUCGAACCCCCCUGUUCAUGGCACGACGAAUACGGUGUGAAUCCGGGGGAAGCAUAUCUCGAGGAGAUCAUUGGGUACAGGUCUACACACCAUCAACCACCACUAGUCACUGGUUCGAGGCUUUCCCCAGAGUCUUAUCAAGAUGGCUUCCACGAGCGUCAAAAGAUACCCUUCUUCACCGAGCACGACGGCUCCCCCAUCAUCGAGGAUAUCAGAAAGAGCCCCCUUCUCAGCAUUGAGUUUUCCCCUUCUUCCUCAGAUAAGCCCCUCGCCUCGCCCGGAGAAGAUAAUGCACAACCCAAGUACCUCAGCUUGACUCAUGAUCAUCACCAUGUCUCGCAAGCACAGGCACCAGAGACACCCAAUGACCACAACUACGGAGAGCCGAUGCCGGGAAACUGGCAGGAUCUCGCUUCGGAGACCGAUUCCCCAUCCGCUGAAGCUGAGUAUCCUUGUACAUCAGAGGCAGUAGGAACAUAUGCCCCGCCCGCUACGGACAGCAACCUUGCAGGUUCUCACAGAAAGUCCAAGACGGAGUUCAACUCUAUCCCUCCCAAGUUAGCUUAUAUGGACACGGUACCUGCCAGUGGACCUGAUGCCGGAACCCAGGUUCACAGGAAGUCGUCGACCGAGUUCAAGGAGGUCGUUGCAACGGGAGGCAGGUGA